CGCGAAAAUUGCAUCAAGAUGCGCAUGGAUCGCGUAAUGAUCGGAUAUAAAGGGGCUGUGUAUUCAUCUCAUCCUUCCUGAAUGCUAUUGUCGAAGAAGCAGUCAAAGACGCCACGCCCUUUUUCAGCUGCUGGAUCUGGUAGAAAUGACGGCUUCUAUCAAGCUUUAUACCAACCACGGUUGCCCCUGGGCCCACCGAGCCCAUAUCGCCUUGGCCGAGCUCCAGCUACCGUUUGAGGAGGAAAUCAUCGAUCUGAGCGUUCCCCGUACCGCGGAUUACCUGGCUGUCAAUCCCCGCGGCCUUGUCCCGAGCCUUUCACACAAUGGCCACGUCAUUACAGAAUCCGCCAUUGUUGUCCAGUUCUUGGUUGAUGCAUACCCCUCUCACUUGAUUCCAAACGGAGGCACGCCUGAGAAGGCUCUUGCUCGUGCCAGGAUCAGCUUCUUCGUCGACACUUACUUCAGCAAGGCACAUCCCCACUAUAACAAGGCGCUUUUUGCCAGGUCCGAAGAAGAAGCCGAGGAGGCUGCAGCUGAGUUUAGGAAGCAGCUUGAGUCGGAGGUUGAACCACUGUUGGUUGAUGCGGGCCCUUACUUUGCAGGGAAUACAAAGUUGACGUUGGCCGAGGUGCUGACGGGUUCUUUCAUCCUGCGAUUGUUGGCUCUGCCGAAGAACGGUGUUGGACCACAAAGUCUGAUCAAGGAUCUGCCUGCCAAGACUCCCAACUUCUAUAAAUGGGCGACAGCGGUGGUUGAGCAUCCUAGCGUGAAUGGGAUAUGGAACGAGCAACACGUUGUGGCCAGAACAAAGG